UAAUAUUCUGUUUCGGCCAUUGACGCUUUCACCGACGAGAGGAGCGGCGCCAGUCGCGCGAUGGAAGAGCCCGUAGACGUAGGCGCGCCCGACGUGUGGGUCACGCCCGGAUGGACAGAGUACCCGAUCAUGGAGAACUUCUACGCUGGCGGCGCCAUGGACGUCGACCUCGAGUCGCCCUACGACGUGGUCUUCUCGCCCGACACCAAGGCCGCCUUCGCCGCCACCUACGACAAUGGCCUCGAGCGCCCGGAAGAAGACUCGGACACGUCGAUGGACGAAAUGGGCGAGCUCUCUGCUGUUGCAUUGGCCGAGACGCCCCAAAAGCGACGCGUGUCCGCCCAACCGACCUACGCCACGCAUCGCCGCAUGACAACGAUCAAAGACCUUAGCACCCCAACGCUUGCAAAGGGCAAGUCGCCUGCAUUCACGACAGACGAUCUGCAGGCGACCGCCGACGACCUUGGCGCCAAGCUUGAAAAGUGUCUGGACGACGUCGCUUCCAAGCUCACACAAGAGUACGCCGCGUACGAAGCCUACGAGCUCUCGACGCUGCCACCGCCACCGCCGCAGCCGAGUCUGUUUUCGUUUCUCUGCGCGCCCCAAGCGGAUCCGUGGAAGCACUUUGACGGUCUCGGACGGCUCUGCGAUCUCGUCACGACGUCGUCGCACCACCGCAGCUUGAACCAGCUCACGCGCCACAAGCGUCACGUGCAACGGCUACUGCACACUGUGCUCCGGCGCCAUUACCACGUCCACGACAUGGCGCUCACGGCGAAGGAGCUCGCGUCCUUUGAGUCGGUCGAGAUGUACCUCGAGCACGACCUCAAGCUCCAUUUGCUUUCCCAGCAGCGCGAGUGGCUUCAGCACCUGGACCUUGCGCGGGAGCAGGCCAAGAAGGACGCGUCCAUGCACGCCGUGCGCUACCGACAUGCCUCUCUCGACGUCGACGAUGCGUACCCGCACAACAUUCGUCACGGCAAGAUGCGCCGGCUGCUGGAAGCGGCAAGCUGGUACCGGCUCUUGCAGCAAUCGGCAGGCCUCGGGCGGAGUCCCCACGGCACGAGCCUCUCGGUGGUCGAGAGCAACAACAACAACAACAACAACAACAACAAGAGCGAUCAUGACGAGCCGCGCCAGCAGAGCGUCAUGGACGACGUGCUCGCCGGCGAGGAAUUUUACGCUGAGUAUUACGAGCUCAUGAACACAAAAGAGUGGUGGUCGGUGGUCCAAGCACAGUUUGAAAACCUCAUUUUUGCGGCCGCGGACAACCGCAUUUGCCACAUGAUUGACCGCGUCUGCUUUGAGGGCGCGCGGCUCGCGUGCGAAGACCUCCUCGACGACUGCAUGCCGUCCGAGCCAACCAUUCAGAAGAAGCUGCCGUACGCCGACUUGCACCACGCGUGGCUGCGCGACCCAACGCCCGACCACGUGCUCGAGUUUAUCGAGGCGGUCACGCUCCGUGUCCGGCGCGAGUUUGGCAUCCUCGACGACGUCAACAAAAGCCUCUACAUCUUUAUGCAGCGCGCGCUCUUCCCGCGGCUCGUAACGCUGUGCUACAGCGCACCGACGCUGCAAGAGUGUGCCCGCAAGGACGCGCUCUGGCGCAAAAAGCAAGCCUCGCUGCGCUUGGCGGGCGUGAGCAUGGAGCAGUUUGGCGUCACACCCGACCUCGCCCAACGCAUUCGGGACGGCGCGGUCGAUGCGAAAAUGGUGUUUCCGGCGGCCCGGCUCGCCUUUAGCGCCAUGGGCAGCCUCGUGCCAUGCGACCUUCUCGAAGAGAUGAUCCACGGCGUUGUUGUCUUGCACGAAGAGGCCGCCAAGGUGUUUGGCACGACGCGGAUCGCGCUGCCAUUUGUGCAUGCACACUUGUAUUUAUUGGAGCACUAUGCGCUCGCCGAGAUGCACGAGACGAGCCGUGGGGACCACCCGAACCGCAACGGCGAGGAAUCGUACUACGUCUACUGCAUGCACGCGGCCGUCGAGGCCAUCUGCAGCUUUGCGCGACCGACGAUUGCCUAGCCUAAGAGGAACGAAACGA